UUUGCCUCUUCCGGCCUUUUCGGAGCCAAACAACCACGACGGGAUACCCCAAGCUACACGUAGCUACAUAAUCUUCUAUACUCGCGCCUCGAGUAGACGUCCUGCUGGCAUACCAACACCACCACCACCACCACCGCCGCCUCCUCUCCUCCUCCUCCUCCUCCACCCAACGCUUGUCCAGCGAGAUAUUCUGCAUCUACACGACCCAAUGAGGCAUCAAUAGGAGUCGUCACAUCAGACCAACUGCCCGACUCUUCCACUCCCAGCAUGGCGCAUACGCGAAGUCCUCCUUCGCGGCGUGCACCAUGGUCUUCCAUCUUCACCCUCACAACUCUGCUGUCCUUGUCAUCAUGGCUUCCUGCGACGCUGGCGGCCAAGACGGCAGCAGACUACUAUGUCACCAAUCUGCCUGGAGCACCUGCAGAACCCAGGCUGGACAUGUGGGCAGGCCAUCUCGAGAUCACGCCCCAACACCAUGGCAACCUCUUCUUCUGGCUCUUCAAGAACCGGCACAUUGCGAACAAGCAGAGGACAAUACUAUGGUUCAAUGGUGGACCAGGCUGCAGCAGUAUGGACGGCGCAUUGAUGGAAAUUGGUCCGUACAGGGUGAAGGAAGAUGGCACACUACGGCUUCAAGACGGCAGCUGGGAUGAGUUUGCAAACGUCUUGUUCGUGGAUCAGCCUGUAGGCACGGGUUUCAGCUACGUCGACACCGACAGCUACAUACACGAGAUGGACGAGAUGGCUGAGCAGAUGGUUACAUUCUUGAAAAACUUCUUCAAGAUCUUUCCAGAAUACGAGCACACCGAGCUCUACAUAGCAGGAGAGUCUUACGCAGGGCAAUGGAUUCCGUACGUCGGUAAAGCUAUCCUCGAGCACAACAAGAAAGACGCAGCGCACGCCUGGAACCUCCAGGGUCUUAUGAUUGGCAACGGUUGGAUCUCUGGACCCGAGCAGUACAUCUCCUUUCUCCCCUUUGCCUACGACAAUGGCUUAGUCACCGCGGGAUCCGACGCAGAUAAGAAAAUACUCGAGAAGCAAAAGCUGUGCCUGCAAGAUCUGGACGCGGGAGCAAAGGACCACGUCGACUCCCACAUUUGCGAAAACAUCAUGCAGGAAAUCCUGCGCCUCACGCAGACGAGUGAUGGCUGCGUGAACAUGUACGACGUGAGACUGCACGACAGCUAUCCCAGCUGCGGCAUGAACUGGCCUCCGGAUUUGACCCAAGUCACACCCUAUUUGCGCAGGGAUGAUGUGAAAAAGGCACUCCAUAUCAACGACGACAAGAAGACGGGUUGGGUGGAGUGCAACAACCAAGUCUCGUCACAUUUUACCGCCAGAAAGUCGAAGCCAUCGAGGAUUCUGCUUCCCAAACUACUCGAGGAGCUGCCCAUUCUCCUCUUCUCCGGCGACAAGGACAUGAUUUGUAACCACAUUGGCACGGAGAACCUCAUCAACAACAUGGUGUGGAAUGGUGGUACGGGCAUGGAGUUGUCACCUGGAGUGACGGCUCCUCGUCGAGACUGGACGUUUGAAGGCGAGCCUGCUGGUGUGUACCAGACUGCGCGUAACCUCACCUAUCUGCGCUUCUACAACUCUUCGCACAUGGUUCCCUUUGACUACCCACGUCGCAGCAGAGACAUGCUUGAUCGAUUCAUGGGCGUGGAUAUUGCCUCUAUUGGCGGCACACCCGCAGAUUCCCGCAUCGAUGGCGAGAAAGGCGUGGAGGUUUCCGUGGGCGGUCACCCGAACAGUACGGCGGCUCAGGAGGCCGAGGCCGAAAAGGUGCAAGCGGCGCAGUGGAAAGCGUAUCAGCGGUCGGGAGAGGUGGCAUUGUUCUUUGUCAUUGUUGCAGCAUCCAUCUGGGGAGUCUUCAUCUGGCGGGAGCGGAGCAAGCACAAGGGCUACAGAUCCAUCUUUGGCAUGGAACCUUUUGACGACCGAGGUCCCAGUGGGGGUCUGGGACUUGAUAUUGAUUCGGCGAGAAGAGCGGAGCGAGACGUAGAGGCUGCACGAGACUGGGACGAAGCCGAACUGGAUGAUAUGUCGCAGAGCAACGGGCGGCACAAGGAGAUGUAUCGCGAGAACUUUAGUGUAGGAGAUGAUGAUGAUGAUAAUGAUGAGGAAGAAGAGGUCGAUGGGCGGCGGUACGGGAGACCUGCGAAUGGACAUGCGUCGUAGCAUCGGCUCAACAUGGAAAUUGGUGUCUAAAG